AUGUUUCACGAGAGCACCCAAAAAGGUCUUUGGUUCUUUGAAAAUGAACAGAUGAUAGCAGAUGUUCGCAAUACAAAAUACAAAGACAUUCCUUCAAUCUCCGCCGACGAAGAGUACCAAUUAGUCCUUUUCUACGAUCGUCUCGUCAGGGAAUUCUGCGAUACGUGCAAACCAAGGAUUCCCAGAGCUACCAUGGCGACCGCCUGUGCCUACCUGAAAAGACUAUAUCUGAGGCAUAGUGUUAUAGACUACCCAAUUGAAAUGUACUACAGAACAUGUGUUUAUUUAGCCUGCAAAGUUGAUGAGUUUAACCUCACUUCAGAUGACUUCAUCUCCAAUUUUAUUUCUCAGGGAGUGACAGAAAGUAAAGCGCAAGACCUUGUGCAGCAAAUUUUAAAAACUGAGUUGAAGUUGAUUAGUCUCUUACAGUUUUCGCUAAUUGUGUAUUCGCCAUAUAGACCUCUAGAUGGAUUUCUGAUUGCAAUGAAAAAUUUUUACAUCAAUGUGAUCAUUCCAAAACCGACGGAUGAGAAGGCGAUUGUUACUGAAAUUGAUUCGAUGAGCGCAAAAGCUGAUAGCUUUAUUUUGUGGUCAUUGGCUACUGAUGUUUGUUUCUUGUUUAGUCCUUCUCAGAUUGCUCUAGCAUCUGUUUUGUAUGCCUCCAAAGGCCUCAGUUUUGAUUUCCUGAAGUUUCUUGAACAUCUAACAGGCGGUAGCGAAAGUACGGAACGAUUCAAUAACUUAUAUUCCAAAUUGUGCGUUAUCGUUAAUAAUGUGAAGGCUUUGAAACUACCGAACAAAGAUUAUGUUGAUUCUAUUUUGAGGAAAAUAAACGAUUACCUAGAAGUUCAAAAUUCCGGCUUAUGAGAGCGUCAUAUUUUAAUUUAAUCAUAGAACGAUCUGAUCUUUUUAACAAACUCACGAGCUUAAUUACUUAUUUUAUAUAUUCAGGGAAUAUAAAUGAUCUUGAUCUUGGAAUUACAUUUUCAGGUGCUAUGUAACUAAAGCAACUAAUGGAUUCCAACUUUGCGGGUCUUCUGGAAUCUGGGUCGGAAUCAGUGCCAUUUCUAAGCUGCUCAGAACCGACCAUUCCCAGUUUACCUCCUGAAGUACUUCUGAAGGUUUUCCAGUUCCUGGAUUCUGAUCUUGACAUCUGUAGAUGUGCUCAAGUGUCCAGGCAUUGGCACGAUGUCGCUGAAGAUCCGACAUUACGAGAAGUCCUCACAAUUGACACCCUAGGAUCUGGAUCGAUUUUAAAUAGCUCAGAUUCUAGUGCUCACAAUUCGCCAUCGGAGUCGAAUGGAUCUCCGUCGUUAGUGUCAGACGUUCCGGUCGGAGAAGUAGAAGAAAGUUUGGCACUGUUGCCCAAAAGAUGUUCUAAACUAGUGUCCUUAGAGUUGAGACAGGUUCCGCCCAAUUGCAUAGAUGGACUCCUAGCUUCGUUCAUUUCAGAAUGUCAAGAGCUACAAGACCUAACCUUGUCACUUAUGACUCCGCCGUUGCGCAAUUUUGUCAUUUGCCAAGUGGCGUUAGUUUCCCAUGUACGGCACUUGACUAUCGAAGCUGCACUUCUUUGUAAUGAAAACGCUUACGAGCAACUGAGUGCUUGUCAGAUGUUGGAGAGUAUAACUUUCACUGCGAACGGAAACUUCAACUCUUACCAAUUCAUGAUUGGUCUUCAAAUAAUGUUCUCUGAGUGCAAUAGCCCGUUGGCAAAAAUAGCGCUGCCUGAAUACGCUCCUCUGUCAUCGAAUACUCUGUCAAUUAACCUAGUACAACUUAUAUGCUCUCGCUUCGAAAGGACUCUUGUCACCUUUAACAUGUGGCCUGUCCGCUCAACGGACCAAGUUGUCGAUAGUCUAAGUUCCCUGCCUUACUUGACAAAUUUGAGUCUGUUCGAGGCUAAGUUUUCCCGAUUCUCGACAGAGCUCUGGGAAAGACUGAGACAAAAAAUUAAAGAGUGCUCUGUUCUGCAAAUCAGUCACUCGGCUUUUUCAAAACAAGUUGUGGAUUUGUUCGGGAAAACGGAAUACACCGAUAUUCGAGAACUUAUUUGUGUGAGCUGCGAGUUUGAUGAUGAUACGAGCCUGAUAAAGUUUCUGAAUAGGUUCAAAAAUGUGGUAAAUUUAGAAUUCCAUCUGCAUUACGGAUUGUCAUCUCGUGUCUUGGCUGAAAUUUGCAGGAAUUUUGCACGCGUUGAGCAUCUGACCUUGAGCGAUCUGACGGUUCCUGAAAAUGAUGUGGAACGGAUUGAGUUCCUGAAAAUAUUCAAAGAAAACGAGCUGAAAAGACUGAAGCAACUUAGCCUCGCGUUCAUUCGGAAGGAAGAAGAUUCGCAAAAUACAAAAACGUGCGAAGAUUGGAAUGUAGACGUCGCGAGGCUGAGGGAAAUGAUGAAAGGCGUGCUGGAUUCAGAAUGUGAGCUUCUAAUUGAGUUGGAUGCAAUUUAGUUGUUUUAUUUACGUCGGCCUUGUAACAUUUUUAAAACCAAAUUCACGGUUGGAACGUAGCUUAAAAAUAGUAAAUUGUUAAAUAUUAAAGUACUAAAAAUUGAAAUUAUAUUGCUUUAUUCGAA